GAUAACCCUCCCAAUUUAUUUUUUACCUGUAGUCACUUUGGACUAAUUCAAAGUGUUGAAAGGUUUUUGUCUGUAGUGUUGCAGUUUGUCCACUAGAUGACGAUGUUUAAAUGCAUAUUUCAAGGGUUGUUAUUAUGUUGGCCUGAUUGUGACGUCACGCAGCUUUGUCAGCCAACACAAUGGCGAGUGCAGCGUAAGCGUGCGGCGUGGAACAUGCCAGCCGCACUCUCCACCCGGCCGGGCCUCAGCCUGGGCUCAGCAUGGGCUCGGGGGGAACCAUCAAGUUUGCCGUGUGCGAGGUGCUGCAGUUCGCCGGCCUGUGCGUGCCGCUCUUCAUCGUCAUGCAGAAGUUCGCCGUCAUCGUGGCCAUGGUCAAAAGGUCGGCGCGGCCCCCCGGCGGCGGCGGCGGCGACGACGACGUGGCCUACUGGCUGAUCGUCACCUCGUCCAUCGCCUACGUCAUGUCGACCGCCCUGCUGGUGUGGGCGCCGCUCAAGUACCUGCUGUUUGUCAAGCACAAGAUGCUCCUUGGCAGAAAGAAGUGGAGGCCCGUUGCCCUGGUCUACGUCAUCAUGUCCACCUUGCCCUGCUUCGCCUUCCUCAUCGCCAGCUCACAGGUUCAGAUCAAUAACGGUAUCAAACACGACACGUUCACAGAGCUCCCCGUGUCUCUAAUCCUCUUCUCUCUCAUCUGUAUCGACGUUGUGGAAAGAAUACGCCACUGCAGACUGACGGGCCAGGACCGUCCCUUGGAAAGAGACGCCGACAUUCCCUCUUCGAUCCUCACGCACGUGGAACAGAUCACGCCGGUCACUCCCUUGGUGCCCGGGCCGGCAGCGCCCGGACCAAAUGUGCCUCGCCAGGCCAUUGGCACGCCCCCUGUGACGGUGGGACCCGGCCAGCCGGGAGACCGAAGGCAGAACGGCGCAGCUCUCAGGCCAGAAACCAAUGGCACGGCCCCAGGGAUGUCUGUGAACGGCAGGAGAUUGUUGACUGUCCACGACUCGGAGGCCGCCCACACGGGCCCUUUGCGCUUCCUGUACGCUAGCGACGCCCGAGCCGACGUGUUUGUGGACAGUUUUCUUUUCUGGAUGGACACGGUGGAGAUGACGAGGGUAGCGACUCACCCGCUGGUCUUUUACUCAGCCUGGGUGUGUCCUAUUUACGUCUUGUGCUACCUUUCGUGCCUGCGCGUGGUGCUGGUGCCCCACAGCCCCUCACUAUCUUCUCUUGGUGUGGCCCUGCAAGACUUGCCCUUCCUCUUUGUACGCGUGGGCCUGAUGGUCUUCUUCGGACUGGUCACGCCACUCCUCUACCCCAUGAAGAACCUGCUGGUGUGCCUGGCCUUUGUCUAUUUUAACUUCAUGACCAAGCUAAGGGUGUUCAACACGCAGAGAAUGUUCUUAUGACACUUUCAUGCUAGUGAGCCAUUCUACUCAAUUAUGGCUGUAGAAAGUAGCGAUACUUCGAUACCAAGUUGAUACCAACAAGCAAAAAGUGCGUCGAUACCUGCUUUUUUUAGUAUCUUCAAUGCCACAUACACUUUUCCCUUGGUGCUUGUUAUCUUAAAAAAUUAUCGAGUAUUUCGAUAUAGUUGCUUCCGGGUUCGCCAUUGCUCAUAAACAAAUCAUAACAGAAGAAAGGAGUGAGGAAAAAAGAACUAAGGAUUCACACUGAAACCGUGAGGAACAUAAAUAGCACAGUUAAGGCGUGAAGAAGUUACAGUUAACACUACGACCGUAACGGCAAAACUAAGCCACAGGCGACGAGAAGUGUGAGUGGAGCCAGAGCAGAGUUGUACUCGACUGGAAGGGUGAACCAUCAGGAAAUCUACUGGCGCCGAGUGAAAGCACUGGAGAGCUUAAAGGCCCACUGAAAUGAGAUUUUCUUAUUCAAACGGGGAUAGCAGGUCCAUUCUGAGUGUCAUUAAUGAUCAUUUCGCGAUAUUGCCAUAUUUUUGCUGAAAGGAUUUAGUAGAGAACAUCGACGAUAAAGUUCCCAACUUUUGGUCGCUAAUAAAAAAGCCUUGCCUGUACCGGAAGUAGCAGACGAUAUGCGUGUGACGUCACGGGUUGUGGAGCUCCUCACAUCUGAAAACUGCUUACAAUCAUGGCCACCAGCAGCGAGAGCGAUUCGGACCGAGAAAGCGACUAUUUCCCCAUUAAUUUGAGCGAGGAUGAAAGAUUUGUGGAUGAGGAAAGAGAGAGUGAAGGACUAGAGAAAAAAAAAGACGAGGGCAGUGGGAGCGAUUCAGAUGUAAUUAGACACAUUUACUAGGAUAGUUCUGGAAAAUCCCUUAUCUGCUUAUUGUGUUUUAGUGAGAUUAUAUAGUCGUACCUGAAAGUCGGAGGGGUGUGGCCACGCGUGUGAUGACCGCCAGUGUCUUCGAUGGAAGCCACGCUUCUCGACGAGGCAAGGCAGCCGGGCUGAGAUUUUUUUUUUUUCCCCCCUCCUCCAUGGUGUAAGCAUCCGACAGUCGGGAGCGGCCGUAGAAAAGUCAGCAGCUGCAGGAGGCGAGGCACGAAGCAAGCUCUCCGCUUAUAACUACGGUAAGAGCCGACUUAAUACCACCAUUUUCUCACCGAAACCUGCCGGUUGACAUGUGGUAGGGAACCAUGUUCGCUUGACCGCUCUGUUCCAUAGUAAGCUUUCGGGAAUGUAAACAAGGAAACACCGACUGUGUAUCUGUUGCUAAAGGCAGCUGCAAUACACCGUUUCCCACCUACAUCUUUCUUCUUUGACGUCUCCAUUAUUAAUUGAACAAAUUGCAAAAGAUUCAGCAACACAGAUGUCCAGAAUACUGUGUAAUUAUGCAAUUAUAGCAGACGACUUGUAGCUGGGAUUGGUGCUGGAACAAAAUUUCCUCUACAAUCCGUGACGUCACGCGCACGCUUCAUCAUACCGCAACGUUUUCAACAGGAUAUUUUGCGUGAAAUUUAAAAUUGCAAUUUAGUAAACUAACCCGACGGUAUUGGCAUGUGUUGCAAUGUUAAUAUUUCAUCAUUGAUAUAUAAACUAUCAGACUGCGUGGUCGGUAGUAGUGGGUUUCAGUAGGCCUUUAAGUAGUCAGAAGGAAAUGAGUAUCAGGUGUGCGCGCUGGUUGUCACUGCAACAACACACCUCGUCCGUGCCUGGUUUGCCAGAGAAUAAGAUGUAGCACAAAUGGUCUUUGAUGCACUUUUUGGGGAAUUUGUCGCUAUAUUUAUCAAGUAGAGGUACAUUGUUUAAAAAUUUCGUCAUGUGUUUAUUCGCUAAAAAAAUCCAAGCGGGAACGUAAGUAGAGCAAAAUGAGAGCAGAGAUCCCCCAUUAAAUGCACAUCUUCAUAUUAAUAGCAAAUAAAAACACAAAGAUGUGUCUUUAAAUAUGUAUAGUCGCUUUUUUAUUAGCCUAUACAUAUUUUCCGGACUAUAGAGCGCACCAGUUUAUAAGUCGCUCGCACAAAAUUUUUAUUUAUUUUUUUAUUGUUUCUCCAUGUAUUGGCCUAUUAACGUUGUGAAAUGAGUUAUUUACACAUGUUUAUCUCGAUACUUCUUUUGUUUCCAACCGGUACCUGUAAUGCGGCAGUAAAACGGCUGAUCAAACAAAACAGAAGUAAUCGUCAUGGCCUCACAAGCUGCAGAAGCUAACUCUCCAUUCAGCUAAAAGGACAUUUUGGUGAAUUUACAGAGGAAUGUGUAAAACUGAAACAACACAAAAAGAAUGCCACUGUAAGUUAAUAAUACUAACAGACAUUUGGGAUCGUGCUAGAAUAUUAGUUAAUGCUAACGACGCUAACUAUAUUACAUUACGAUAGCAUGGACAAAUCUGGAUGAAAACACUCCUACAGACAUCACACAUGGGACGGCGUAGUAAGCAAGACUUGUUUUAGUUAUAUUGUAAAACUUACAAACGUUGCUUGGAGUGAUGAAUGAAGAAUCUACACGAGUAGGAACGCUAUGGACGACUCGAAAAUGGAACGGCACUUUUAUUUCCAGUUUAAAUCACUAAACAGAAAGAAAUACUUGAGACGUUCACUCCGCAGCACCUGCAGUGAGAAAACUCGUACAAAAGAUAGCGCCAUAGCACAAACAAUAACACAUUUUCAGUGUCACUGCUUGUGUUUAACGAAAACUAUUUGAACACAAAACUUUAUGGCUGUUAACGAAGAAAUAUUCAUUAAUUAGCUGCACCGCUUUAUAAGCCGCAGGAUGCAAAGCGUAGAAAAAAAGAAUUCCGUAAUUUACAGUACAUGACGUCCCAUUACGUGAGAACAAGACAAGGAAUUAAUCAGUGAUGCACUUUGUAGCUGUAUUUAGCGAGUAGAUGUAGAUGUUCCAAAGACAUGCACCUGGGGAUAGGUUGAUUGGCAAAACUAAAUUGGCCCUAGUGUGUGAAUGUGAGUGUGAAUGUUGUCUGUCUAUCUGUGUUGGCCCUGCGAUGAGGUGGCGACUUGUCCAGGGUGUACCCCGCCUUCCGCCCGAUUGUAGCUGAGAUAGGCGCCAGCGCCCCCCGCGACCCCGAAAGGGAAUAAGCGGUAGAAAAUGGAUGGAUGGAUGGAUGGAUGUAGAUGCUAAAUGUGAAAAAGGGGUUUAUAUUGUGUCAUGCAUUUAUUCUCUAAUCAAAUACAUGCGUUCACCAAAGUAUUCGCCCCGCGAGUGAGAUCGGACGUCCGCCACCACAAGCCUAGUAGGUGUGCAUUACUGCAGGUUGCAGGAAACCUCCAGAAGCCUGCAACCCAAACUUUAACACUUCUAUAGACGCCAGGAAAACACAACAAAAAACACUUUUCUGUCGUUUGAUAGAAAAGUGUAUUGUAGAAAUAAAAUAAAUCAGAAAUAAAAAUGCAGAACGAGGCGAGGCUGAAAUGUUGAUGCUAACAACAAGAACAAACCACAAAUAUUUGCUUUUAAUUAUGUUUUAGUCUUUUUAUUAGCCUAAUUCGUUGCAAAUGGCAUGAUGUCACACUACCACUUUAUUUGAAGACUUUAAAAACAUUGUUUGCUCCACACCACUGCUGUUCUUUUAAGAAUGUGAAAUAGUUGACUAUUGUUGUUCUUUAUGAUCAUAUUUAGCUUAGUUUUGAUAUACUGGGAGAUUCUACAACACUGCUGUUGCAGCUAAAACUGAUAUUUAAAUUCUGAUGUUGAAGCGCAGUGAUCUUAAAACAUUUGACACGUUGAAAGACCUUUUCAAUAAAGUAGUGAGUUUAAAAAGA